GCCAGGGGAGAGGGCGUCAAUAGGAGAGUUGGGGGGCCAUUGUGUGGCCUGGUUUCGGGCCCACUUCCGGUGGAGGCCGGGGUCGUGGCUUGCCCAAGAGCCACAGACCGAGGGAUGGCAGGUGUGAGGGAGGAGGCGAGCCUCCGCGAAGAACUGACCUGUGCCAUUUGCUGUGACCUGUUCACCGAACCGGUGAUGCUGGAGUGUCUGCACCACUUCUGCAAGGAGUGCAUCCAGCGCUACUGGGCCUCCUGCCCCCGUGUCACCUCCUGCCCCCAGUGCCGCCGGGAGCUCCCCAGCAGGGCCUUUCGCAGGGAUCUCUUGGUGUCUGGGGUCGUGGAGAAGGUAAAGAAAUGCAGUGUGGAAGAACGCAAGAGGGAGAGUCAGAAACAGCUGGAAGAAGCCCUACAGUUCCACCAGAGAGAGAAGGAGAAUUGCCUGAAGAUGAAGCACAAAGCUGAGCAGGAUCUCUGCCAGAUCACCAAAAGCUCUGGAGAGCUGACCUCGAAGGUGCGGGCAGCGUUCGAGCGCCUGCAUCGCAUCCUGGAGGCCCAAGAGAAAGAAGUGUUGCUGGAGCUGAGCAGGGAGGAGGAGGAGGCCGUAAUGAGGCUGCAGGGCCACAUCCGGGAGUUGGAGCGGGACGUGUGGGAGCUGGAGAGGAAGAUACAGGAGAUGCACCAGGCCCUGAAAUGGCCACAGGAGGAGGUUGCCAGCAGUGCCAGACCCACCCUCCCCCGGGCGUCCCAGCCACCCUUCAGCCUGCAGCUCCAGGAGAACAAAUACCAAGGCCCCCUGCAGUACAUAUUCUGGCGACAGAUGCUGCGGUCUGUCCAUCCAGCUCCCGCCCCUCUGACCCUGGAUCCAGAAUCGGCCCACCCGAGCCUGGUGCUCUCCCGCGACCUGACGGCGGUGACGGAGGGAGGCUGGCCGCGGGUGGGCCGCGGGAGCCCCCGCCAGUUCCGCCAGUGCGUCAACGUGCUGGCCGCCCAGAGCUUCGGCGACGGCAGCCACUACUGGGAGGUCUGGGUGGGCGGGAAGACCAAGUGGGACCUGGGGGUGGCGGCGGAUUGGGUCGACCGGACGGCCCGGGUCCAGCUGUGCCCGGAGAAGGGCUACUGGGCCCUGCGGCUGAGGAACAGGGAUGAGUACUGGGCGGCCACCACGCCCCGGGUGCGCCUGAACCCCAAGUCCCGCCCCAGGAAGCUGGGGGUCUUCCUCGACUGUGAGGAGAAGACGGUGGCCUUCUACGACGCCGAAGACAUGUCUCAUCUCUUCUCCUUCCACGGUGCCGUAGCCCCGCGCCUCUGCCCCUUCUUCAGCACCUGCUUCGGUGACAGUAACGAAAACAGCGAACCCAUGCGGAUCUGCCACCUGGCCCCGUAGUUCCCUUUCCGCUCCGACCCCCAGCCGUCUUGGCCGGAGCUGCCGGGGGAUGCAGCCGCUUCGGAGCAGGCCCGAGCCCCUGGCCCGCCCGGAGCCCUCCUCCGGCCCCCCGGACGCACUGGACUGGGGAUGGGUCCGGAACAAGGACGGAUCACCCGCCCCCGCUGGGGCCUAACGUGAGCCUCCCCCGGCAGAUCCCGCCCGGCCGGGUCUGCUCUCACUCGGACCUGCCUUUCCAGCCCUUGGGGAUGGACGGAUAAGCUUCCCGAGCUGCAAGGUGACGGGCUUCCUUGGCCACCGGGAGGGCGGGCCUCUGACACCGUGUGCCUUUCUCGGGUGCUCCCCGCGUGCUCCCUUUGCCGUGACCUCCUCUCUGCCAUCCGGUUUGGAACCUAUGGGCGGGCGGUGAGGGGAAGGGUAGGGAGAGGGAGGAGGGGAAAGUCCUUUUGUGAAGGCUCUGCUUUUUCCGCCCUCUGGAUCUCUGGUCUGUGGUCAUUCCCAGAUGGGACCAGGACUCUCCGGCACAGCGUAGUUGUCCUCCCUGCCACCCCCCACCGCUUCUAGUUGCCCAGUCAGGGCAACUGUGGUCCUAGCUAUAGGUAGUUCUGGUGGGAGACAGAUGAGUGGGACGACUGAAUGGCUAUUUGCAAAGUGCUGGAACUGAAGAAGAAUAAACGUGGAGUUCCCCGCCC